AAAAUGAGUUCAUUUAAAAAUCAAGAAGAUAUAGUACAAACUGUCAAUGGAAACUUUGGCAAAUGGCAAUUACGCUCAAUAGUUUUGAUAUUUUUGUGUAAAAUUCCCACGGCAUGGUUUACAAUUUGUGUUAUUUAUACGGCUCCUACUCCACAAAAAGGAGAUUAUUAUUGUAAACCUACGGAAAGUUUGGAUCAUAAUAUUACUACAGAUUUAUUGGAGAACUAUAUGUCUUAUAAUUUACAAAAAGAUAUACAAAGUACCGAUCGUCAGUUUCAAGUGGAUGCUUGUCACACUUUCAAGACCAGUUUGGAAACAAAUUUUGCACAUAAAAAUUUAAUGAAUUAUUCUAGUCCAUUUGCGAAGCCCCAACAGCAAAAAACACAUCAAGUGAAUGUUCAUCUAGUGCCGUGUGAUCAUUUCGAACACAAUUCAGAAUAUGAAUCUCUGGUGACACAAUUUGAUUUGGUUUGCUCGCGAGAAUUGCUGGUGUCAAUGACCCAAUCAUUUCAUGCUUUAGGGGCCUUAAUUGGCGGUCUGGUGGCGAAAAAAGCUUUGAACCACAUUAGUCCGCGCAGGCUGAUGUUGUAUGGCAUGUUGGGCCAGAUUAUGUGCGGAAAUCUGACGGGUUUAGUAACCUCAUUUGCUUUGCAUGUCUACUAUCGCUGUUUGACUUCAAUGUUUUGUGCUUUUAUGUAUACAUCGGGACAAGUUAUAUUAACCGACAUUACCGCCGGAAAACCUAGAACCAUAAUUGUAACACUCUCUGAACUAUUUUGGUCUAUUGGUCUUAUUCUCCUACCCGGUAUAUCGAUAUUUUUUGAUAGUUGGAGUUAUCUCUAUAUAGCGAUAUCUACUUCUGUAAUACUUUUAGUAUUUUUACACAGAUGGAUUUCCGAUAGUCCUCGUUGGCUUUUGAAACACAAUAAAAUCGAAGAAACUUUAAAACUUCUACUAGAAUCGGCUGCUUUUAAUAAUCGUGAAAUACCUUUAAAUUUGGAAACUCAAUUACAAACCUAUGCCAAUAAUUUGAGAAAUAUUAAGGAAAGUAAUUACUGGUCUAUAUGGGAUGGUAAAACUCCUAGAGUUUUUAUUGUGCUAAUACACUGGGCCUGGGUGGUAUCGGCUGUUCUAUAUAAUGUUAUGAUUUUGAUGAUAAGAACAUUGGGUGUGGAGCAUUUGCAUGUUAAUACCGCUUGUUUGGGUUUUGCUGAAAUGUUGGGAGUCUUUUUGGGUCUAUAUCUCAUUCUAUAUACCCGUCAUCAUUGGCUUUGGUGUGGUUAUGUUAUGAUGCUGGCUGGUUUUCUUACGUAUCUUUUAUGGUUUAUACCAGAUACUAUUAAGGAAUCUCGCCGCAUAGGUUUUGAAAUGUUAUUUUGGAUUUUGCUUAAACUGGCGAAUUCAGCCUAUCUCUCCAUUCUAACCACUUGCACGGGACAAUUGGUGUCUCCGGAAAAACGUUCGAUCUUAAUGUUGUCCUCUUCAUGUUUUAGUCGUUUUUGGUUAAUUUUUGCUCCAUUCAUAAUAAUCACCACCAAGAUACACAUACUUAUACCCAUUACCGUAUUCGCUUCAUUGGCUGUUAGUAGUGGGGUGUUAAUGUGUUUUCUAAACAUUCACUUUUGGAAUGAAGAACAACCGAAAAUUUGUAAAAUUCCUACACCCAAUACUUAUCGAAGAAAAUCAUCCACUAUAUUAUUACGUCGCAGUUCAUGUAUUUCCGAGAUGAGCUCUAUGGAAAAUCAGAGUUCUGAAGGAGGUUACGAUAAUCCCCUGACAAUAAGUAUAACCGAUUUAUGGCAUAUGGAUCGUAGUAUGGGUUGUAUAGAGGAAAUGGAAAUGUGUGAUAAUGCCACGGAAGGGGGAGUAGCAGAGGAGGCAGAGGCACAAAAUCAAAGGACAAGAAUUUAAAACUG